AUGCCCUCCCUGCCGAAGUUGUCAACAGUGAUUACAUGGGUUUUAUACUCGAUUCCGAUAUACAUAUUCAUCCUCGACCCCUUGCUCCGCGGCUUCUUCCCGGGUCUGCUCUCAGCCUCGGACCCAAGCCCGGAACCCAGAUCCAAUAAAGAUAUCUUCGAUUUCGACGACGCAGCCGCUAUAGGACCUGGUCUGAAUCUUACCGAUGAUAGCUUCAUCAGUCCUGAAGAUGGCGUGCCAUUCGAUUGUCCCAAUGCCGAGGGCUAUCGCGUUCACCUUCUGUCGCGUGCGCCACUGGUAAUGUACAUUGAGAACUUUGUCAGUGAAGCCGAAGCAAAUCAUCUGCUAGAUGCCAGUGUCCCGAACUACAAACCCUCCAUCCUCUACGACGGCCAUACAGAACGCAUUGACCCGUCAAAACGCCUCUCAGACCGCGCUCUUCUAGACCGUGACAAUACAGUGCGCUGUUUGGAAGACCGCGCGCGCGCUUUCCAGGGCUGGCGCCCGAACCUGUUCAUUGAGCGUAUGUGGGCCCAGCGAUAUAAUACUUCUGGCCAUUACCAGCAUCACUAUGACUGGACGGGAUCGCUGGCACGCGGUGGGGACCGAUUGAGUACGUUUAUGGUUUAUUUGGAUGCGCAGUGUCAAGGUGGGGGAACGAAUUUCCCGAGGUUGAAGAUGCCGCGGUCGAGGGAGUGGUGUCGGUUCUUGGAGUGCGAGAACCUGGAUGGGAAGGAGGAGGAGAAGAAGGGCAAGGGGGUGCCGGAGGGAAUCACGUUCAAGCCUAUCAAGGGCAAUGCUGUGUUCUGGGAGAAUCUAAGACCCGAUGGGUCUGGAUACCCUGAGACGUGGCAUGCUGCUUUCCCUGUGACGGAGGGGACGAAGGUUGGGUUGAAUAUUUGGAGUUGGUAUCAACCUGGUAGGCGGUAG